CGAACGCCUAACUUGACAGAAGAUUAUUAUUGCUUUGAAAGCAUUAUUCAUUUAUUAAUGUAGUAUAACAAAGCCUGCGUUAUAAUAAUUAACGGAAACGUAUUGGAAAUGAAUGAAUUCGUGCUUGGGUUGUUUCUACGAAGAGGCUGACGAAAGGCAAAGACAUACCACAUGUGCAAGGUUAUGGAAGGAGGAUUUCAUUCGCCAAUGUCAUACCUUUAAUUUUCAGUUCUUUUUCUGCUUUGUAUUGAUCGCUCGUCUGACUUUAUCGGGGAAAAAAGCUUCGCAGUUUUAAACCAUCCCGUCGCACUUUAUUGUUGCUGACUAACCGCCAAUAAACACCGAGCAAAACUGGACAAACGUUACAAAGGGAUUCGAUCGUAGCAAAUUAACUUUCAUAAGAGAGAGGUCUGUUUCUGUUCACUUUUGCACUUAAGAAACGUGAUCAUAUCAUUCGAAUCCCCGAUUCUGGUCAAAAUCAGGCAUUUCUUUUUAUGUGAAUUUAAUAAUUAAUUAUAAUACUAUUAAUUUCAUUACUUUAUUUUAAUGUUAGAGUUUGCUUUUCUGGAAUUUCUUUUUCUCGCAGUUCUUUCCUCACUUCCCAACACGCCAGCUAUCGUAGAAAAUUAUGCAUCGCUUUCUACAAACCUUAAGCAGUACGGACGAGGCUUUCAACUGCGGAAGUUCCUCGCCCGAGCACUUCUCUUUGCUCUUGAUAGUCGCUACCUAUAAACCUUCUCCUCCACCAAAAGGGUUACCUCCACCUUUUUAUCCACAUAUAGCUUAAUAUAUCGACAUGAAGUCACCGGUCAACCACUAAUCCCAUAGGGAUCAUGUAUGUUUUGAUGAUUGGCUGU